AAAUAUUUUGCAAGAACUACCCAUCAAAGAGGGCAGCCAAUUCUCCUAGGUGGGUCCAUCCUCCCUCUGUCACCCUAAUUAGGAUUGAUACGAACUCAAAUCAUGUUCUAUAUCCCCUGAUCCCCAGCUCAUGGCUUCAAUCUUCACUCCAAGAACAAAAGGACACCACCGCGGUGGCCCGCUGAUCUUGUUAGUGAUGGAAAUUCCACACCAAACUCCAUGAGAGCCACCACCUUCUUUGAUUCAAUAAUUCAACACCCAUAAUUCAAACCUCCUCAAACCACAAAUUGCAACCCCUUUCUUUCUUCCAUUUCCAAGUUCCUCCCUCUAGGAAAUGGAUCUUGAUGAGUGGGAAUACCUCCGGCCUGAUGACGGGUACCUUGAUUUUCAUGCAGUCGGUGAGAAAAAGGCGUUCUGGGGCAAACCUAGUUCUGAUUCAAAAUCUGUUUUCAACAUGAAUUACUUCCUAUGCCCAUCACCAAAUUCGAUGAAAAUCACUGAACCACCGGGGCUGCCUGGUCAAGUUGUCAAAGUUCCAAUACAUUUGGAACCCACAAGUGGCAUCGGCAAGGCCGCCGAAGAUGGUGAACCAGUGAAGGAUAUCACCAAGGUUCCUACUGAAAUCAGUGUUAUGAGACCAGUAGUUAUCCUCGAAAGACCCAAUGUUCCUAAUACGGGAGUUCUGGAAGCUGAUGAAGACGUGGUUUCUCACGUUUUCUUCAAAAUGAAGGAAAAUGAAUUCGUCGACAUGAAAAAGGACUCCCCAAAGUCUAGUUGUAGGGGGUUUAUGCCUCAAAUUGACACAAGUACGUUUCAGUUUGAGGAUAAAUUAGGUGAGUCCUUGGAGAGCAAGACGACUUCCCCAAGAACCGAAGCUGAGAACAGGGAUUGUUGUGAUAGAAACAAAAAGGUCACUUGGGAAGAGAGUGGUAGUGGUAGUCUUAACAUAUGGAAAUGGAGCUUUACUGGGAUUGGUGCUAUUUGCUCUUUUGGUGUUGCCGCUGCUACAAUCUGUAUUGUGUUUUUUGGAAGCCACCAAAGAAACAAACAGCACCAAGAGAGUCAGAAGCUUCGGUUCCGGAUCCACAGCGAUGACAAGGGAAUGAGCAAGCAAGCAAGCAAAUUGAAGGAAGCAAUUUCGGUAGUAAGAGGAGUUCACAAUCCCAUAUCCAGAGCACACAUUACUUUUGGUGGCUUAUCUGAGGCUAAUUAAAGAAAGAAAAAACAAACGGAUGGAGUUAGUUGUUAUGCGUAGUUGUUGAAUAAGGGCUUUAGACCCAUGUAAAAAUACUUGAGUGUUGAAGAGGCAUAUUACAUACCAAACCCUCUUCGUAAUCUAUAGUUUAAAGUAUAUGGUCUAUUGUGGUGUUUUAUACGAAUGCAUAGAAACAAAUGAUAGUAAUAAAAUAAUAUCAUAUCUCUAGUCUCUAGACA